AUGGCCGGUAAGCAUCCACCCGCAACCAAGAGGGGCGCCCGUGUCCAGCGACGGCGCGCCCCCUCACCACCUCACUCCAGCUCUGCGCAUGCGCGACCAACCAAGAACACAAAAAUCUCCCUUGGAGCUGGUGGGACCGACGCUGACACCGCCGCCGCAGAAGAAACACGACGAUCCGGUCGCGCCAACAAGGGCCACCACACCAAGAGAGAUGUCCUGGACGAGCCAUCACCUGCUGUUGCUGCUCCCAAGCCUCCCGCCAAAGCAGCAGCGCCCGCCAGGUCGGAUAGGAAGGCGGACGGGCCAGUCAAAGGCGGCAAGAAGGGCCAGGCCGUACGCGCGCAAUCCACACAGUCGACCGAGCACGAGCAAGAGGACGAGGAACAGGGCGAUGACCUGAUCCGCUGUGUCUGUGGCGACCAGCGCGACAUUCGUGGUCGCCAGAUGAUCUGCUGCGACACAUGCGAGGCCUGGCAGCACAACAAAUGCCUGGGCCUUCCCGAGGGCGACUUCUGGAACAACAAAAACUACUACUGUGAGCGAUGCAAGCCAGAGGAUCACGUCGAGCUGCUCGCCGCCAUGGCCCGCGGGGAGAAGCCCUGGGCUCGCAAGAAGGGCUCCAAGGCAAAGGCCCGCCCCAGCGAUGUCAAGCAGGAGACCAUGUCGGAAACGGCCAGUACACCACAGCAGGCAACGACGCCUUCGCAAGCAGCACCAGCGCCCGCCGAAGCACAGAGUCCCACUCCCACGCCUGCGCCGGUACACUCUGAAGAGGCUACGAAUGGGCAGACAGACGCAAAGUCCGAGAGCAAGAGCCAGCCUCAAUCCCCUGCCGGCGAGAAGCGUCGCCACGAGCCUACGGCUGAAAAGGCCAAUGCAAGCAAGAAGCGUAGAAAGUCCAGCCACCAUGAAAGCAAGGCUGCUACACAAAACGCCCCGGCUGCGGACAUUGACGCCUUGCCCCAGAAUCAAAAGGCUAUUGCGGAGAAACUCCGUGAGAUUCUUGUGCCACUAAUCAGUGAAGCGUCGAAUGCACGAGGCUAUCGCAUCCCCGACGGCCAGACAGCGAGGUCUCUGGCAACCCAGUACACUCUCCAAAUUAGCCACGCUGCGUUUGCAGCUUAUGGAGAACCCUCUGGCGUGGAGUCGCCCUACCUGGCCAAGAUCCGCAUGAUCAUGUUCAAUGUCAAGAAGAACACCGUCCUUGUCGAUCGCAUGCUCUCUGGGAGUUUGAAGGCACAGGAGUUCGUCAAGAUGGAGGCAGAAGAAAUGGCCAGCGAAGACAAACAGCGCGAGUAUGCCGCCAUGAGAGAAGCGGUCGAGAAGCAGGCCAUCCUGACAGAAGAGACGGGACCGCGCCUGCGCAAGACACACAAAGGUGAGGAGAUUGUGGGAGAGACUGAUAACGAGAGCCAUGAAUUCAAACAGCCAGAACUACGCGAGAGAGAAAGUGUCCCCGAGGAUACGGCACAGUCGCCUGUUGGAAAUCGUCCACCGCAGAGUCCCGCUAGCGCAACACGCAACCCAACGGUAGCAGAAACGCCUGGUGAGCAAGCAGACGCGGCACGUCGCCCUUCAACCAACUUUGACAUCAACUCCGUCUUCAACAAAGUACGGUCACCACAGCACGACCAACAAUCGUUUCUACGUCGCACGAGCUCAAUGCAAGUCCAGGACAAGCCACCGGCUGCUGUCGAUGAUGCAGAUGUCGACCGGCUGCUCAAGGACGAAGACAACGACGUCGAGAUGUCAGGGUACUCUUCGGACCCCACGGUCUGUUGGCAAGGCACCAUUCACAUGCAGUCGAUGGAACCUUUUGAUGCCGUAGCUCGAUUUGUUGCGGGUGGCGAUUUUGGCCAAGUCGUGCCAUGGGAGAAGCUCCUCACAAACUCACUCUCUGUUCAGGGUCGCAUAGAAAGCGCAAAGGGAAACGACUAUAUCCGAGGCAUUGCAAACACCGAAAGCCACGAGGUCGCUAUCCUGGCCAUCAGCCCGGUAACCUCCGAAGGACGUGCCAUUCUGGAUCAUCUCUUCACCUAUUUCCAUUCGCGAGGCCGCUGGGGCGUCGUUCCCGUCGACACAUCGAGCGACGGCAUCUUGCGGGAUCUCUACGUGAUCCCAAUCGAAGCUGGUGGCGGCAACCUACCUCCCUUCAUCGACAUGCUCGAGCACUGUACCAUCGAGACACCUCGCAAAGAGCCCAUGAUGAUUCUCGUCCUCAUCGCCAAGCUCCCAGAGAUGAAGCCUCAGAUGCCGCCACACCAACACCCUGCAGCACCCUAUCCCCAGCAAGACCAAACACCAGCCCACGCACCUCAUCCACCAAACACAAACGGUCCCUCUGUAUCCCCAGCACCCAAUCCCCACGCCCCCCAAUUCUCCCCCGUAGGCCCAGGCUUCCCACAAGGCUCCUACACAAACUCCUACGUCGCACCCACACCACCCACCGGCCCCCCUCCCUAUGCCAUGCAACCACAUCCACAGCAACACCAACCACACCAACCACACCAGUACCAACAACAACAACCACCCCCACCCCACCACCAAAUCCCCCGCGCCCUCGACAUUCUCGGCCCUUACAUCGACGCCCCCGUCAUCGUCACCAUCCUCGGCUCCAACCUCUCCCAAAACCAAGCCGUGUCGGAGCUGCAGAUGACUAAUCUCCGCCAUAUCGUCGAGCAUAUCCCCGAGGCGAGGACGAAUCUUAGCGUGUUGACGGAUCAUCUGCGCAUGAAGAGUGAGGCUAGUGGUGUGUCUGGUGCGGUCGGUGGUGGGAAUGGAGGGGGGGGUGUACAGCAGCAGCAAUAG